AUGACCGUGAUCAAAGUGGCCGGGUGUCAGCUCGGGGUGAAGAACGAAAAGGGCGACCCUCUUCUGAAGGAGUGGCUGAUCGCCGCGACGACCCCGAAGAUGGCGGCGAGGAUGGCCAUGGAGUGCCCAGGAAGUCAUCGGCGCGGCGAGCUUGCAGGAGGCGGACUCACCGCAUCCACAAGCUACUACGCAGACGAAACUGCGAAGGGAGCGGCGCGAUCCACGAUCGAGGAGAGCGCGCCAGACAACAGCGAGUUCACGAGGAACAUGACCGAGGCCGAGGCGCAGGAGGAGCAGGCCCUGACCGCCGGCAAAGAGAAGACAUCCAUGGACGCGGACCCAAGCUCCACGGAGUGCCAGCAGAUCUUGCGGUGGCUCACCACGGCGAGCCACCACCGCCCGGCGCACCCGUCAGUCAGCCUCGGGCCCAUGCCCCCGAAGUGGAAGCGCAUCCAGGCCGGCCAGUUCGAGUGGGGGCACCCUCAGAAGAUGACCGAGUCGAAGUUCUCACUUAGCACAGACAAGAACUGCAAAGCGGACCCUGAGGGCUCGUGGAUGUCAAUGCAAGCUGCUGAGUACUUCGACUCCGGCAACGUCGUAUACGAGACGAUCCCAAGGCAGGCCCGCCGGCGCGUCGCCCUCGCGGAGGAGGCCACCCAGGCGACGAAAGGGGCGGUGGACAGACUCGUGGCGGAUAACCCGGAGAUGGCCGCCGAGGAGGGGCGCGGCGAGAACUACGCGAAGAUGUAUGCUGCAGAGCAGGAGUGCCUGAGGCAGGUCCACCUGCGACGGAUCAGCCAGGCGGGGAACGCGAAGAACCAGGCGCUGAAGGCCGCGGCCCGUGGCGCCUGGUUCAAGGGCCUCGCGCGGGUACUCGCCGCGGAGACCAAUCGCCAGGUGGGCGGCGGCCUCGGGGAGAACCAGACCUUGCAUCCAGGCCGGGCUGGGCCCGUGGUCUGGCUGGCCCGGGCAGGCCGCAUCAUCGAGGUGGACCCGUGCCAGAUCCGAGCAGCGUCGGCGCCGGCGCGCGAGAUUGCCUGCGCGGAGCCCACAGGCGGCAAGGGCGCCCCGUGGACGGUGCGCACCUUCAUGAAUCAGGCGAUGAAACAAGAGCGCCUGGGCUUCUCAGGCCACGACCCCACCGACCAUGACGAGGAGUUGGCUUCCUGGGAAGGAGUGCCGGAGCCAGCGCCACCUCUGAAGAGAACGCGCCACGGAGAGCCGCCGAGUGAGUCGCCGAGGGGCUCGCGCCCACAGACAGCGCGGAAGGCGAUCCGAAAGACAGGGAAGCACCCAGGCGGCACCUCAGAUGGGGCGAAGGCAGCGAGGGCUGCAGCAGCGGAGGAGACCAUGACGGAGAGAACUGCGCCCAUGGCCAAGGCCUCGCCAGAUGCCCGGGCUUUCUGGGCAAGGCAGGGUGCGUCGCCGGAGGUGUCGGUGGAGAUGCCGCUCGCAGGUGAGGCCCCGAAGCAGGCCGCGAGGCGCGCGGGCGCCCGCGCGGCGAGCCGGCUGCGGAAGGGCAAGCGAGAGAUCUCGUAG